CGCCCACCGAAAACCCUUAUUUUUUGGACAGGACGCCCACCGAAAACUUAGCGUGGACAAGUCGUUCAUUUGCAACUAGCCCUCCCAAAAAAAAAAAGUCGUGCAUUUGCAACUGCUCCUCAUCCUCUCAGCCUCGACGGACCCUCAUCCUCUCGCCAUGGCUCCGCCUCCGCCUCCGGCUACGGACGAACGAACCGUGUCUGCCGGAGACACGCACGAAGCCGGCACAUGUGCGGUGGUGCUCGCCGUCGGUCCGUCUCUUGGUGCGACCAAGUGCUUGCAUGUUUACAGGAGUAGGUAUGAUAUGGAUCGAGCCGAGGAUUCACCACACAACCUUCGGUUUCCCAGUUUCUCUGCUCUGGUUUGCCGAUGGAUGGAGACGAGCUUCUUUCUUCUGGCCGGUAGAUCUGGUUAUGAUCCACAAAUUCGGUUUUCGAUCUGCUACCGUACGUAUAAUAAUAUAUGUCUUCCCUCCAUCUCGUGCAUGGAAGUAUGUUUGUGUUGGAGACGGCCGGUGAUGGACACGGAUCUCAUCACACGAUUCACAGUCUAGGCUUUCGAGAUGCAAGCGAUUUUUUUUCCGACAAAGGGUUAGUCGAAUACGACGAUCCCCUAAGUUUCCGAUCCUUUUCACUCGAAACUCUCUCGCCGGCCGGCAUCAACAGGCGCAAUACAAGGUCGAUCUACCAGUUGGAGAAUGGUGUUGCCCUGCCCCCGCCGGUUACCGGGCAGAGCUUUCGGCCGUCGGCCAAUGUUUCUGCCCAACAGUUGGUGUCCAACACCGGCGGAGAGAAAACGACCUUGGACAAGAACUAAAGCUAUCAAGAUCCUAAUGGUGUGGCGACGCGUGACGCCCUGCCGGUUACGGUACAUGAGCUUUCUUUACAUCGCACCAGCCAACGUAGCACUUGGUGUCGACCACCAGCGGAGGAAAAACGCAACUCAAGCCAUCGACGUUUUCUUGUACGUUGUAUACUUCCUAUUUCCCUGUUCUGAUUUCUACAUAGGGGGGUGCCCUCAGUGAUAGGUAUUAGAAGGGGUAGCGUGCUUUCCUGCACCGAAAAAACCAUGGCAUUGAUCAUCCUUAAUGUUUGAAUACAUCGAGAGUUAUAAUGCUAUCUUAGGAACAUAUCCAUAUGUAGUUUAAGAAGUGUAAUACAUAUAUGAGCGGUUGCAAUUUGCAAGGUCUAGUCUUCUCAAACAAAAGUUGAAUUAAUAAACAAGAGAAAAAAAACAGCAAACAAUUAUUUAUAUGAACUACAUCGAUGGUAACAAUAAUAAGAAAACAAUGACUAUAUAUUGUAAAAUUUCAAAUCCAUAACACUGCAGCCCAUACUUUAUGUUACUGGCCUAUUGACAGGCCAAGACUUUCACCAAGGCUGGCUUCUUACUUUCUUCAACUUGGAAUGCGGAAAUUUCAUACUCCCUCCGACCACUAAAGUGGCGACAGGUAAUAUGGAUUAGAGGGAGUAUCAAUGAACAUUUUUUUAAUGAACUUGAAGUGAACAAUACAGAAGCAACAAUUUUCUUCUAGAAAAGCAAUGCAAGUAUUUAGCAUAAUAAUAAUUUUAAUACUACGAUUGUUCAAAAAUCAAAACCAUGCAUGCUGAUGCCGCACACCAUUAUCCAAAGAAAAAAUGUAAGUGUAUAACUUAUAUUUAUGAUAAGUGUAUAACUUAUAUUUAUAGAACUACAUGCCACAUACACGGUCCAAGUGUGCCAUACUUGGUUCAAUUUUGAUGCUUUCAUAAAGGAAAGACCACCAAAAAGCAAGAAAUAGUGAGAUAACAUAAAACCAGUGGACCACAAUUCACUCAUCUUACAAAGCAAAGAGCUCAAAAACCACAAAUCCAUUUAGCAUGGAUCAAGCACGAUAUGGACACAACAUUCAAGUGCAUAAUACCUAAGAAUCCAAAGGUCAACAAAAAUUAAGAUAAAGUAUUCUUGAAGGCAAUUUUUCAAGGUAAUACCUUAGCAUCACCGCAUAUAGAAAGGACCCUCUGUGGUGAAAAUGCUCGCAUCAAUUUCCACAAAAGAAAACAGGUUAGUCAAAAUACAUAUCAACAUCGGUAGGUGGGCGAGCUCUCACUUUGCACAAGCAUCUCCAACAUCAUGAAAAUAGAAACCGUCUUACGAUUGCAUGACAAAAUCUAACGGAAAGACAAAACAAAGAUUGGAAAGGAGAGGAAAAUUAAAGGAGAGAAGGUCCGUUGUGCGAGUGUUCAAAACACUCUAUGCCAACUAACUAUGCAUAGAGACAGAUUGGCCCAGAGAUUGUAUAUCAUUCAUCUAUGCAUAACAAUGAAACUUCAUUCACACCGUAGAUAAUACCAAGAUGCAUGAAAAUGAAUGUAGACUAUUGAAUUCAUGCUUGAGCCAAUUCAUCCAAAAGUCCAAACUCGUGGAGAGAGGCGGGUAAUAUAUUUCAACACUCUCCCUCACAUCUAGCCUAUUUUAGUCCUUAGACGUGGGAUCGGUGUAGGCCGCAAAAUCUUUUUUUAGUGCUACGUUGGUAGGGUCUUGAAAUCAAAAUCUCCUGACUUGGAUACCAUAUUAAAUUCAUGCUCCAGUCAAUCCAUCCAAAAGUCUGAACCGGUGGAGAGAGGAGAGCAAUAUAUUUGAACAUAGGCGAAUGAGUUUCGGGGUAGAAAAUUGACAGGUCUAUGGAAAAAACUAUGUAAUUUGAUUAUUUGACAAAGAGAAACAAUAUUGUAGGAAAAAAACAAGUUAUCCGAACAUAUAAAUAGAAGUAUAAGCCUUUCAUGAUCAUUAUCGAACCGGCAACUAACACUCAACAUUAAUCCAUUACAUAAUCAAUUAUUUUCGUUUAUGUUUUUAAGAAGUUAUAAUUUAAAAAUAACUAUUCAUUGGAACCUCACUGAGUGUUCUUUUCAUUUGGGGUCGUCUUUUAACUUUCACGUCCGUUUUUCACUUCCAUUCCAUUUCUUUGUUUUUUUAAUCUUUAUCAAAUUUCGAGAAUUAUACAAGGCUAUGACCACUUAGAUGGAACAUCAUAAGAAGGAAAUCAUCGGGGCAUCAGAAUAUUGUUUGCAUUCCUUGCGUGUAUUUCCUGGUCGGUUGAGCACACCUGAUGAACCCGCGAAUCACCUUUAAAAAAACACGGACCUUCAACUCUGAAUAUGCAAAGAAACUUAAAAAAUAUAGAUGUAAAGAAAUUGAGCACCUACUUCCCAUACAUUGUCUCGAAUCUAGCUAGUUCAACUCGUUUUGUGAGUAUACCCUAGUGUCCACAAUAGCUUCCUCCUUCACAGCAUGUAAAAACUAAAAACUCAGCAUACACUAUCUCUACCCUUUUAAAGUUCCACACGGUUUGUACCCCCCUUUUAUAAGCUCCACAUGACCAACUUUGCCUGCACACACGGAGCUUUUCAAACAUUGCAGAAUCUUAUGGACAAAAAUAAAUGAACGUACCCAGUGUUGAAAGCUCCCACACAAGGGGUAUGGGGAAGGGGUUUCUCUAGACAACCUUCCCUUGCAUAACAAUUCUGCAAGGAGACUGGUUUGAAACCAGGACCUAUAGAAUUACAUGGACAAAAAUAAGUAGCAAAAUUCACAUCAAGGAAAAACAAAUAACAUACUUAUUAACUUUUCUUUGAAAUGACACACAUGAAGCCUACAUCCUUGCAUCGGCCCGCUUCGUUUCAGCUUUGAUUGAAUCCGAAUCACCUACAGAUUUGCUUCAGUGUCAAAUUUGUUUCGCAAGAUAUAAGGCCAUGUUUGUUUCACUUAGAUUGCAGUCGAAUCAUCUUUGGAUUUGCUUCAGUGGCCAAUCUGAUUUGCAGAAUCAGCUUCGCCACCAAAGUACACUUUAAAGUGCUUCAGCAAAUUACGCUGACAAUGUCCCAAAUCGAGAUUCAGCUUCACUGGCGAAGCUGAUUUGAGAUAACUGUUUGUUUCCGAUUCCACAUUCAGUUUCACUGGCAAAGCUGAUUCAAAAUAGCUAUUUGUUUCAUAUUCCAGAUUCAGCUUCGAUGGCAAAGCUGAAUCUGGUUUUUGAAGCUUAAACAAAGAGGUCCGAAAUUUCUGGUCUUCAUAUGGUUUUCCAGGAAUAACUUGCAUGUUAGAUGACACACCAAAAAUCUUAUUAGAAAUGUUGCUUGCACAUUUGAUGAAGAGGAGGUCAUUAAAGAGAUUACAUAUUUUCUCAAUUACAUGACAGUAGUCUAAUAGCCAAGGACACACCUCAGAUUGAUCUGUGAGUUCUCUAAUGGCAUGGAUGAUUUGCUAUGCCAUAUUGUCAAGCAUUUGAAAUAAUAAUAAAAUGUGUAAGAUAAAUAAGGCAUGCCUAAAAUUAAAUUGAAACGAGCUAGGACAGGCCACUCAUUUAUAGGAAACAAUACUGUUGCACAUAGUGCAUAAAAUGUAUUUUAUGCCUGAUCAACUAUGUUUUAGUGUACAAUGAAUUUGUUGUUAGUGCACAUAAAUCGACCAUAAAAAACAUGUUGAAGUAUGACAACACCAUUUAAUAUAAUUUAAUUAUACAUGAUCAACUAUGUAGUAGGAGUCACAUAAAACUAUUUUUUGCGAGAAAACUUUCGAUCUAUUCAUCAACUGUUAAGGUAGUACAUAGAACACUAGAAGUAGAAUUUACAUCCAGGUUCGUAGACCACCUAGCGAUGACUACAAGCACUAAAGCGAGCCGAAGGCGCGCCGCUGUCAUCGCCUCUCCCUUGUUGGAGUCGGGCAAACAUCGUUGUAGUAAACAGUCGGAGAGCCGUCGUGCUAAGGCCCCAUAGGAUCAGCGCAUCAGAACAACAACCACCGUCGAUGAAGAGAAUUGUAGAUCGGGAGGAUCCAACAUGCAGACACACAGACAUGGACGAACGAAGAUCGGAUCCACCGAAGACGAAUGCCGACCGGAUCCCACGGGAUCCGUUGGAGACAAAUUUCCACACGCCUUCCAACGAUGCUUGAAACAUCACCGGGACGGGGGUUAGGCAUAGAGAACCUUAUUUCAUCUUCAAGAAGCCGCCGCCGCAUCGUCUUCUUGACCAUAGCAGAAACCCUAAUAAAACGCAGGAAAGCACCUAAAAACGGAGCCCUCCCGCAGGCAAAGGCCGGGAUCCACCACAUCUCCACGGUUCAAGGACCAUAGGAGACGAGGCGGACCGGCGGCGAGAGGCAGGGAAACCCUAGAUGAGUUCGCACGAGGGAUGGAGCGGCUUCAUUUGGCUUUGCCGUCACCUAAAACUAUUUAACCAACCCUAGAGAACACUGCAAGGCGUACUUGAAUCUAGCAUACCAACCUAUGAAUAAUACUGCCUCUAUACACAUAUACUCUCUCUGUCCGAAAAUACUUGUCAUCAAAAUGGAUAAAAAAGGAUUUGAUGACAAGUAUUUCCGGACGGAGGGAGUAUAAGACAUUAGUGAUAUAAAGCGUCUUAUAUAUGUUUACAAAGGGAGUAGUGCGUAAGAAAGCAGAGGAUACUGAUCCAUAUUUGAAUUUAAUUAAUAUAGGGACAAAUGAAACUGAAGGGUGUGGCUUGCCCCAUGUUAAUAUAAUAAUCAGAGAGGUUACUUCUGCCUGUUAAAACAAACAAUGGUUUGUUUGCUAAAACCAAGCAUUAGCGCAGAUUGAGAGAACUACUUAUUUUUUUUAACAAAACCAGAUAGUAUCACAUCAUCAAAGCAAGUGCAGUUUUGCAAAGCACUUCUUAUAACAACCAGAUAGUGAACCACAACUACAACUAGCAUCGAUCGCGCAGAACCCUCUAAUAUAAGACCCACCCCCUAAUCAAAUCAGACACAACAAAAAAAAAACCCAGCCAUUUCCCCCCUCGGUUCACGCUCCUCUUGGCCGCCUCCCACCUAGGGUUAGCUCAGCCGCCGCCGCGUCCAACCCCGCCGCCGGCCAGCCCGUCCGCCCCGAGCGCGCCCCGCCCCACCUCCCCCACCCCAUUGUCCUCUCCGUCCCUCCCGCCCGUCGGUCCGCUCCGAAUCAUCCGCCGCCGGCUGCAUCAACCCCGUCCUGCCGGCCGACGGCUCCCUCCGACGACAUACUCGCCAAGGAGCCUACGACGAGCAGCUCCUCCUUAGCUCGUCAAUCACCUCGGCUAGGAGCUCCGGUCGACCUGCAUCUUGGACGGACAGGCAGCACCUCCGAACAGUAGUUCCAUCACCACACAACCACCAUGGAGGGGCAGCAGCAGGGGCAACAGCAGGGCCAGCAGCAGGGCCAACAGGAAGGCCAGCAGCUGGAGGGGCAACAGGAGGGCCAGCAGCAGGAGUGGCGCCAACAAUGGGAAGAGUGGUGGUUGCUGUGGCAGGGGCAUUGGCAAGUGCAGUGGCUGGAGUGGCAGAGUCAAUGGCAAGAGUGGUGGCAGCAGUUGCAGCUGCCGCUGCAGCAGCAGUGGGAGAACUGGCUGUUGCACUGGCAUCAACACUUUGAGCAGUGGCAGAACCUGUGGUACGAGCAAUGGCAGCAAUGGGAGCAGCGGUGCCAGGCGCAACAACAUCAACAAUGGUGGGAGUGGCCGCAGGACCAGUGGCAAUUUCAGCAGUGGCAACAACAAUUGCAGCACGAAUGGCAACAGUGGCAGCAGCAUGGGGAAUGGCAGUGGCGGCUGUGGCUACAACAGGUUCAGUGGCAGCAGCAGGAGGUGCAGGGGCAGGGGCAGCAGCAACAGGUGCAGGGGCAGCAGCAACAGGGGCAGGGGCAGGAGCCGUGGGAGCUACGUCUGCAGUUUCAACAAUGGCAGCCUCAUUGGCGGCAGCAGUGGCACAUGUGGCAUCAAGACUGGCAGCAGCAGUGGCGUCAAUGGCAACAGGGCCAACAGCAAUGGCGGGAGCAGCGACAAUGGCAGUGGCGGCAGUGGCAGAAGGAUGAGCGGUGGCAGGAGCAGGAGCGGUGGCUGCGCCACCGGCUAACCAUCAAUAUGCAUUUGAUACCUGUGUCCUAUGCUUUGAGUUUCAAGCCACUCACCACUUCUCUUGUAUUCGAAGACAAAGAGGGCGCUAAAAUCCCUAUGCUCGAGAAUACAACCUUCGGCAAUUUAGUUGCCGACGGCUUUGUUAAUGAGAUAAUUGCGGCACAUCGUCGGAACCUGAGCUGGGCUGGUGAUUUCUGCGAGGAUGAUUUAUUUGUAUCUGAGGGCGAGCAUUUUGUUACCAUUGCUAAAGAACCAACGAAGUCAGCAACAGAUGAUAACCAGUUUCUGGAUUUAAUUCAGAUAACAAAUUGGUUUGCUGAUAAGUAUACUGAGAAUCAAAUGGUGCCGUCUUAUUUUGAAGAGUUUGUUGACAGAGUAUAUAAAAUACCAAGUUGGCAAAAUCAAUGUGAUUGAUCAGCAAGCUUAUGGGUGCUUAGUAACCACCCUUUCUUUAUGGGAGAAGAAAAAUGGAGGUUAUUUGUAGAGGAAUACUAUAAAUGGUACACUCAAGUUAAUGUGGUAUCGCGGGAUGAGAUUCUUAAGAAAGCUAAUUGUGAUAUAUGUCUGAAUUGGCAUUUGGCUACAGUGCGCGAUAACAGUCUUCUGCAAAUGGUGUACUGGAAUGGAAGAGAGAACUUGUGUCCAUCAUCUUACUUUACUAAAGGCUGCAAAGUUCCUCGGCGGACGGCUAGCGAUGCUGAAAUAUUCCGGUUCACCCAAGAAGAUGGGUAUUUAGCAGUUUUCCAGCGGACGUUUUAUGUUCACGGGCUACAUAUUCUUGGGGCUCGUUGGUCAUUGAGAGAACUGGCACUUUAUAUUGCGUAUAUUUUCAAACAUUUUCUGCCACGUUUUAUUGAAAGGAUUUACGCCAACUCUCAUGAACAUCAUCUCUUUGCUGAGAUCCUUGAUACAUAUGUAAAGCGGAGGUCUGCUUCCCGGAGGCAUAUUCGAGGAAAACUGUACGAAGUGGCAGCCUAAUUUGAGCUAAUGAUAUCCAAGCACCAAAAGACUAGUAUGGUAGCAGCGAUGAUGCUAAGGAUGAAUGGAGACUUACUGCUGUUUACUGAAAAAGGCUUUCACCCCGCUUUAUAUAUAAAGCAACGAUCAUCGACUUGCUGCUGUUUGAACAAUGCUUCCAGUCUCAGUUGGACGCUCAUUGCUGUUUGCCAUCCGUCAGCUGCCGGUAUCAGGUGGACUGAAGUUCGACGGUAAAUGACAGUUCAAAGAUGAUGGCUGGACUUCCUUUUCGCAAUAGAGGAUCGUGAUAUGGUGGUUGAGCCUAUGUCAGCCACUGGUUCCACUCAGCCGAGAAGGCCAGGCAUAAGGUCUUCACCUUCAGCAUCCAGUAAGAGUGUUACGGCUUGCAAUUUAGGUUCUAGUUCCAGAUCAGCUGCCCUGCCACCACUAGCACCACAAGCAGACAGGGCUGCAAACCCUUAACGGUUCGAUGCACGGACUAUACAUUUCUCCGUAAAUGCCUGUGUACUGGUUGUUGCUGGACUCUGGGGACGCUUCCAAUCUUGUCAAAACAUCUUGCAGACAGAGCUUGCAAGCUUUUGUUGCUGGGAACAGUCCUCUCGUCAGGAUAUAUUCUUCAUACAGUACUUACUAUGGGGUGCCAGCGCAACAUCAUUCCGACAUUCAGACAUUACGGCUUCCUCCCACACAUCAAACACUGUCUCUGCCAAUGUAACCAUGCGUGCGUCCCUUGCUUCCUGGAGUAUUACUGCUGUCUACGGGCCUCAGUCCGAUGCGGAUAAAUUUGCCUCCAUCCAAGAGAUCAAACAACUAAAGGCCUCCAUGCUGCCUUCUUUGGCUGCUGCUGGGGGACUUCAAUCUCAUGUAAAGCUGAGGACUAAAGCAAUGCUAGUAUCAACAGGAGCUGCUUAACAAUUUCUGGGCAGUUCUCAGCGCAAUUGAGGUCUCUGAACUCCACACGGUCGACGGUUUACUUGGGUCAGCACCUGUCAGUCGCAAACAAGGACGAAGAUUGAUCACGUUUUCUGCCCCGCUGACUGGAAUCUUAUGUUCCCACAAUGUCACUUGAGAGGCAUCUCCUCCUCUGGCUCCGAUCACUCUGCCAUGGUGCUCUCUGGCCCAUUGCUGCAUGGUGAUGCCAUGUGGAUGCUCCACCAGAAACUUGUUCGUCUGGGCAAAGCUUUGUGGGUAUGGAGCAGAACAAAGGUGGGCAACAUUGCUCUGUUCACUGCGGUGUCCGAGCAGCUUAUCCUGGGCCUGGACUAUGCCCAAGAUCACUGUGACCUCACUAUUGCAGAAUUAAGUCUGAGGAUCUUCCUUCAGAACAAGUUGUUGGACCUUGCUGCAAUUCACAGGGUCAGGAUCAGGCAGUGUUCUCGGCUGCUAUGGGUGCGCCCUGGAGAGGUCAACGCAAAACUUUUCCACAUCAAGGCCAAUGGUCGCCGAUGACGUAAUUUCAUAAUCGCCCAAGGUCAUUUCACUUUGCAGAAAGACAAGCAAGCUGAGCUUCUUCGACAACUGCAAGAGAUAUGGAUGUCACAAGGCAAAUUCUAUGUGCUUUUGGUGAUGCUAGUGGUCUUCGGGUCAAUCAGGCCAAGAGUGGAAUCCUAUCAUAUCCUCUAUCUUGUCAUCCCCACUAUUUAUUUAUCUUAGCAUUCAUAAUGACAUGCCAUCAUUUUAUUCCUUUAA